AUGCCAUUGGCUCUUAUCGCUGCAACAAAUCCAAGGCUGAUACUUCAUAAAAACGUCUUCCGAUCAAUUUUCUGGGGUGGACUUAUCGUCGCUACCACAUUCAAAACCAACAUCAUAUACAAGGCCAGUUUCCACUCAUUCAGCGGCGCAAUAAUGGCAGCAAACAGCACGAUGAAAGCGGUCGUCAUCCACACCAAAGGCGGGCCUGAUGUCCUCAAAGUGGAGGAGCGGCCGAUCCCCACGGCUCAACCAGGCCAAGUCCUCAUUCGUGUCAAAGCGUUCGGUCUCAAUAGAUCAGAAAUGUUUACCCGUCAGGGCCAUUCGCCCGGUGUCGAGUUCCCGCGCAUUCUAGGGAUUGAAGCAACCGGUAUCGUGGAACAUGCUCCUGGCGGGGAGUUUGAGAAAGGUCAGAUCGUCAUGACGGCCAUGGGUGGUAUGGGUCGGCAAUUCGAUGGUGGAUAUGCUCAGUACACCGUUGUCCCCACAAAUCAAGUACAGGUCAUCACAGUACCGACGAAACUUGGCUGGGAUGUCUUGGGCGCUAUGCCCGAGAUGCUGAAUACGGCGUAUGGCGCGAUUACGAAAUCCCUGGAAGUCAAGAAGGGAGAUCGUUUGCUUAUCAGAGGUGGAACGACAUCGGUCGGUCUCGCUGCGUUGGCGAUUGCCAAGGGAUUCGGUGCACAUGUUGCGUCUACAAGUCGACGACCGGAACGAGAGCAGAUGCUGCGCGAAUACGGGGCGGAUAAAUUCUUUGUCGAAGACGGCGCUAUUGCAGCGCAGAUCAAAGAUGACAGCCAAAAGUUCAACAAAGUCUUGGAGUUGGUCGGCGUUGUGACCUUGAAGGACUCCUUUCAGUGUACGUCCAAGGGCGGCAUUGUGAGCAUGACUGGUAUCGUGGGGAACAAGUGGUCUAUUGAUAACUUUCAGGCGAUGGAAUACAUUCCGAAAUAUCGUUAUCUUACUACCUUUGGAGGCUGGGUUGAGGAGUUCAUGUCUACGCCUCUGAAUGAUAUUGUUCAGCAGGUGGAAGCUGGGACGUUCAAGAUCAAAGUGGGAAAGGUGUUUCAUAUGGAUCAAAUUGCUGAGGCACAUCAGUGCAUGGAUGAUAAUGCGGCGGAGGGAAAAAUUGUUGUCCUGACUGACUGA